AUGGAGUCUUGGAGUUUCGGUUCAGAAGGGAAAGGAUUUUUAUUUCCCGAAGAAAUAGAUAUACAAAGUGAUGCGUUUGCAAGGAGUAGAAAACCAUUGCUAGAAUGGGAUAACAAAACUUGCUUUAAUUUCGGUAAAGAAUCAGUUGACGGCAUGGAGUUCAUGGAAUUGGAUCUCCCUGACAUAGUGAGGAAGCCUUUUCAUACAAACCAAGGAGUGGAAAUCUUGAGUGGUGUGGUUGGUAAUGAUUCUAGUUAUAAUUCUGUAGCUUCUCCUACUUGUUUGAUUUCUUCAAGUUCAUCUUUGGGUGAAGGAGAAUCUGGGUCCAAGUUUUCGAGCCCGGUCACUGAAUCUAAUAGCCAGGAUUCAUCACUCAUUGCUUUGAAGCUAGGGAGGUUGGCUGAUAGCAAAAAUGGGCAGAAUGGUCAACAUUCUAAAGGGAGGUCUAAAAGGGGUGGCAUUAAGGGUUCAUACUCUCACAUUCCCACCUGCCAAGUCUUUGGUUGUAACAUGGAUCUUAGCUCCUCAAAGGAUUACCACAAGAGGCAUAGAGUUUGUGAUGCUCACUCCAAGACUCCCAAAGUGAUUGUUAAUGGCAUGGAACAGAGGUUUUGUCAGCAGUGUAGCAGGUUUCAUCUGCUUGCUGAAUUUGACGAUGUUAAGCGCAGUUGUCGUAGACGCCUAGCUGGCCACAAUGAACGCCGAAGGAAGCCUCAACUAGAUACCCUCAAUUGUAAACCGCAUAAGUUGCUUCGGUCAUAUCAAGGCACUGGUUAUGUAGGAACUUCCUUUGCAAAGAGAACACCCUUUGUCUUUUCAGAUAUUCUUCCAGGUGGCAUUCUAUAUCCAGAAGAAUAUGCACAUGCUAACCAGUAUGGAAAUGUCAAAUGUGAAGAUGAGUCAACUUACAGUCAUUGUGUAACACCUAUAGCAAACAGGCAAAUGCUUCCGAAAUCCGUCCUUGGGAAACAACAUGCUCCAGGAAUUCCUUCGUCAGGAAAUGAAUACUCUGCUUUUGAUGUAGCAUCAACCAUUCAGAAAGCAUCUGGGUCCUCAAACUCCGGUUGUGCUCUCUCUCUUCUGUCAACUCAAUCGCAUAACUUAUCAGGCCAUUCAGCAGGAGUUCAGGUUCCUAGCCCCUCGAUAAUACAACAAAGUACUCAUCACAGUGUUGGUCAACUUUAUGAAAAGCCUUCAAGAGUAAACUCCAUGGAAAAAUGUGGACAAAGCGGGUCCUACCUACGUAGUAUGAACUCCUUGGGAGUUGACCAGAUGAAAUCAGUAAUAGAUUCUAGUCAGGCUGUUGACUUCCAACUUCACACAGAUGGGGGUUUUCAAGAGUCACAUUGUUUAAGUACCAAGUAUUGUCUUUCUCCCGAACAUGGAACAACUUUUGAUUUGCUGCAAUUGUCAUCACAUCUUCAAAGAGUGGAGCAUGAGAGAAACUUUUUGCAAGUAAAACAGGAACAUGGAGAAUACUACUGUUUCCCAACUGCUUAA